AUGGCAGAACACGGUCCACGCGGGGCGCUGAUUGUCGUCGAAGGACUCGACCGAGCUGGAAAAUCAAGUCAGUGUGAGGCACUGCGCGACUCCCUCAAGGAAUCGGGGCAUUCGGUUAAAUAUAUUCGGUUUCCAGACCGAACCACGCCGAUUGGAAAGUUGAUCGAUAGUUAUCUACAAAGCCAGUCGCAGCUGGACGACCAUUCGAUCCAUCUUCUCUUUUCUGCCAAUCGCUGGGAGAUAGCGAGGUCCAUCGAGGAAGACGUUGCCAACGGGAUCACUGUGCUUGUGGAUCGCUACUCGUACUCCGGGGCUGUAUACUCCGCCGCGAAAGAGAACCCGAAUCUGUCCCUGGACUGGGCGUGGCUGCCCGAAAUAGGGCUGCCGCGACCCGACAUCUGUCUCUUCCUUCGGAUCUCCCCUGAUGAGGCUGCCAAGCGCGGUGGGUUCGGGAUAGAGCGAUACGAGAACGAAUCCAUGCAGAAACGUGUACGGGAGCUAUUUGGAACCCUGUUCGACCGGCAGCUGAGUGGUGACAUCCACUUCGUUGACGCGGGGAGGCCAUUUGAAGAGGUGUCGCGCGACAUACAGAUGGCCGUAACAGAGCGCAUCUCCCGUUUGGACGCCAUCGGACCGUUACGGAAACUGGAGCGAUUGCAGCUUAGUUCCUGA